GAUAAUAAUAAUUUAAUAUCUCAUGGCCUGAGCUGAACCUUCAAGGCAGCAACCGAGUUCAUUCAGCGGGACAUGAUCAAGACGGGAUUCCCUUCUGUGAAGCUUGCCUUCUUCUUCGUUCCCACCUUAUUGAUCCAUUCCUUCUUCCUCGUUUUACCUUUGCCGGAUGUUUCAGGUUCUUGUUCCUCGUUGAACUUCACGAUUUUCCCUUAUCAGCCAUCCGGGGAAUGCAUAGGCAAUCAGGAGAAAGUCCAGAUCUUGGGCAGCAUCAGUACUACACUUUGCUGCCGAAAUGUGCUCAAUGCCCUGAUUAAAACCUUAGCCUGGACUGUCGCCAGCACAAGUUAUGAUCAUGCUUUCAUCCCACAAGAUAAGUGGAUGAACUGCACUGGGCCUUUUCCCGGACAAGUCACUGUUUCGCCAUCAUUGUGUGGAUUUGACAAUCUUUACCAUGGCAGCAGUGCUUGCUCAAGUUUCUCCUUAUCAUCAAUUAAAGAGGAUUCGUAUUACAAAAAUGCAGUAUCCAAGUGCUCCAAUUUUGACUCUUCUUCUUUUAACGAUGCAUGCUCUAAUUGCACCAUGGCAAUUUUGGGUGCAACAGAUGGUCUGUUGUCAAGAUUAAACGUAGACAAGGAUAAAAAUUAUGAAAGGGCCGUAUGUACAAUAGCAAUUAUUGUCUCAGUUGCAGCUGCAAAUAAAGUCGAUCCAUUUUUUAUUGAUGAUUUCUAUAGGUGCUUGCCUGCCUUAGAUGAAUUUGAUGUGGGUUAUGACAAGAUCAAGCAUAGUACAUUGAAGGCAGUAUUUGCAACGUUUAUGGCGGUUGUCGCGUUGAUUCUGAUACUUAUUCUGACAAUGUAUGUAACUAAGAGCAGAAGAAAGAACAAGCCUCCUAAGCCUGUUGUUCAAUCAAAAGAUAUGAAGGCGUGGUCCGGUCUUUAUAGAUUUUCUAAGGCUGAGAUUGAGAAUGCCAUAAACUAUGGCAACGAAAGAAAAAGCCUUGGACGAGGAAGUGCUGGCCAAGUUUAUAAAGGUGUUCUGCCUAGUGGCCAAGUUGUGGCUGUCAAGCAUAUACAUCAAAGCAGCACAACCGACUCUUUCCAACGCGAAGUUGAAGGUCUUUCAAGAGUUAGGCAUCCGAAUCUUGUUUGCCUUUUCGGUUGUUGUAGCGAGGGAGAAGAUCGAUAUCUAGUUUAUGAAUAUUGCUCAGCAGGAAAUUUAGCUCAACAUCUCCUGAGAAAGGAUACUCUUUUAACAUGGGAAAGAAGAGUUAAGAUCCUAAGAGACUGUGCACUUGGGCUGAGAUACCUCCACCAUUAUAUAGAUGGCUGCAUUGUUCAUAGAGAUAUCAAGCUUACGAACAUCCUUCUGACGGAGAAUUUGGAUCCGAAACUCUCUGAUUUUGGGUUGGCAAAGAUGCUAGGAAUGGAAGAGAGCAAAGUAUUUACAGAUGUUAGAGGAACUAUUGGCUAUAUGGACCCUGAAUAUAUGAGCAAUGCCAAGCUAACCUGUGCUAGUGACAUCUACAGUUUCGGUAUCGUCAUUCUCCAACUGUUAUCAGGACAAAAAGUCAUCGACUUGGAUCUUGAUGCCAGAGACCAGCUCACUCGAAAGGCAAAGGAUGUAAGCAUGGGAAAGCGUCCUGUAACAGAUUUUGAAGAUCCAAGGCUAGAUGGGCAGGUUAACAGGGCAGACUUUGAAGCCAUUCUACAAAUUGCAGUCUUAUGUGUUGCAAAAUCAAGCAAAGGGCGUCCAACGAUGGAUGUUGUCUUUGAAGAGAUGGACAAAGCCUGGAAAAAUACAAUUGCAUACAUGAAACUGAGGCGCGAAACGAGCACAUCAGCAACGCCAAUGUCCAGGUCAUUGGAGGUGGUUCCAGUCUAAUUAAGGAAAUCAAGCUGAGGCAUUAUGAUUAUUUUCAGACAAAGUCCUGCUGAUUAGGAAAGAAUCAACAAUAUAAGUAUUAAUGGACUCCUGGUAAUUCUAAUUUAUAGGAGUAAGACCUUUAGUCUGCUCCACUCCGAUGAAGCCAAUUCAGGAAUGUGCCCCUUUGUCUGCAUGAUGGCAAAGUUAUACAGGUCCAUCACUUGAUCAAGUAAGAAGGAAGAGCCCUUUUCCUCGAGAACUAAUUUAAGAAAAAAGGAAGAAGAAAAAUAUUUAUUUUGUAGCUUAAUGUAUCACAAGGCAGCGUUUCUUUGAAAAUGGUGUGAUAUAAUUUAUCUGGGUUGUAAAUUUUUCCUCAAUGCUAUCACGAUGUUUGCCCUAGCAAAUGGAACCUCAUAUAUGGAAAGAGAAAAGGCCAAAUGAUUA